AUGCCGCAGGUAAACACCACUCCACAACAAAUACUUGACAUUGAAGACGCCCUAGUGUCUGACGAGAACCCUGCCCGUGAUGGCGCUCUUGACUACGAGCGCUGUGCUAGACUACACAACUACUUAGUCGCGUAUGGUUGGAUGGCUCGUCACGAACGAGACACACCCGACCUUGAUGCACUAGCCAGCGAAGAGUGGUUCUUUCAGGAGGCAGAAGAGGAUAUAGCAGCUAUUCGGAGCCGCCUCAUUACUCCGCUUAACUCGUUCCUGGAUUCAAUCUAUGAUCCCAACCCAGAUUUCUUCUACUGGGUUAAUCGUCUUGAGAUGAUGCUUUGUGACGAAUAUUUCAUCUAUGACGAUAACAGUGAGAUGGAAGAAGACAAAGAGCGAUUUGUUUUGAUUUAUGGGACUCAGUGCGGUCUGGGCUCGCAUAAUCUGGGCGUUAUUUACGACCAGCAGCGUCAUCUGGCGUCAUUCCCUAUGACUAUCGAGAAUUCGGACAGCGUGGAGCCUGUAGAUGAGCAUGAAGAGAUGUGGUUUCCGCUAGAAACUAUUCUGACCCAUUGGAUAUAUAUGCUUCGGAUUGGUAAAAUAGUUGCAGGAUUUCCAGAAGGGAGUUUAUGUGGUGAUACGGGCCUCCCAACAAAUCGAUCACAAUUUGGUAUAUGGUCAUGGCUCCCUUACUGCGAUCUCCAAGUUGAAAGCACAAUAGCUGCGAUGGAGCGCUACUCGGCUGUAGUCGAAUCUCGAAUGUCUCCUGAUUCACUUCUGCCGAUGAGUUCUUGCACACCACUCUUUACUGAUACAGAACUGGAUGCAGCUGGCGUGCCACGGGAUUGCUUCAUUCGCACAUUCUUGACGCGGGUUAAAACUCCACGUUUCACGUUUAUCGCGCCUGGACUAGAGGUUCCGCACGAUAAGGAGGGGUUUAUAAGGCGCCAGACGUUUACCAAUAUGGGUAUACCCCUUGAAAAGGAUUGUAUUCCAGGCGUCUUAAUAUUUGCAGCCCCGGAUAGGCUGGUAAAUGUUAAUCACGAAAUCCAUGGCCUAUUCUCUGUCGCACAUGAGGAUUUGAAGCUGGGAAACCCUAUUCCAACUGGACUCUACAGUGAGCCUGUACGUCGGAGCAAUUAUGAUAUGGAGGAGGCGGGGUUCCAUAUCGUGCUUCCAUUCGGAUUACGACGGGCGAGAAUGAGUGAUUACAGACUAGUUACCGAUGGCAUAUUUGAAUAUACCAAGGGCUCAUUCACGAAUCUCUUUCAACAUGGCUACUUCCAUUCAUUUGGGGGCGAACGGCGAGCGCAGAGAUUGGAGAAUUUGUUUGAUCGGUGGAAGGUGAUGGUUGAAAGUGGUAUAUGGACAGUGGGUGAAAAUGGUGUGGAGGGAGGAAUCGACAAAUUCAGAGAGGCAGAUAGAGAUGACGGGCUUGAAUAUUCUAUCGCACCAAGCUGGUGA